UAUGUCUGAUAACAGCAGUGAAGAAAAUUCAACAAGUAGUCGUGAAAUAAAUAUGUAGUAGAUGUUUGUAAAUUCAUUAGUUUUUAUGAAUAUAUUUAUAGAUUAAACUCUACGUUGAAAUGAUUGAUUUCAAAGACAAUUCAAAAGCUUAUAUUGAAUACUUUCCAUAAUUAGAUUUGAGUAAGAUGAUUCAAUAAAAUGGAAUCAAUAUUUUCAAAUUGACAAACAAACUAAAAGAAUUAGGAAUUUAAUUAGAAGGCCGUACAAUAUCCUAUUAUAGUUUUGAUUGUGAAAUGUACAUUAAUUGUGGAAUGGAUCCUGUUCAUUGUUCAUACAUAAUACCUUUUGAAGAGAUUAGAUUAAGUAAUUAAUUACGAAUCAAAUGUCUUUAAACUUCUAUUUCCCUUAUACAUUUAGUAAUGUCAGAAGAAAUGAAUGAGAAGGUCAAUAAGAUGAAAGAGAUGGAUGGAAAUGAUCAAUAAAAUAAACAAUAAUAAGGUUAAGAGAUUUAAAAGCAAUGUAGAAGAACAAAAGAAAGAAGAAUUGGAUACAUUAUAGAAAAGGUUUCUAAAUGGAGAGAAUACUAUAGUGUAAAAAUUCAUCUGUACUCAAGGGAAUUAUGAUUGAUGGAGAGAGUAAAAGAUUUACACUUGAAGAAGCUGCUAACAAAGUGAAUAUUUCAAAAAAGAGUUUAGACGACUAUUUGUUGUAAAUAAGAUAUGGUAGAAAAUAUGGAUUCAAUUUUAAUGAGCAUAAGAAUGAAAAAGUUGGUGUUCUCAGAGCCUUUGUUAAAAAGAACAAUUGUCCAAAAAAGAAGAAAAUCAAGACAGAAUGA